GGAGGAAAGAAAAAAAGCCAAAACACAACAUUUAGUAAUGAACCGGAGCCUUAAACCUGAGCACAAAUUAACAUGUGUAGCAUUCAGAUUAGACGGUGAAGUCACCGCCAGGGUCGACGAAGCAUCAGUAGCUAGCUAGCCGACCGGCCCUGUUGUCCACCAUGAAUUUAAGAGGACUCUUUCAGGACUUCAAUCCCAGUAAGUUCCUGAUCUACUCCUGCCUGCUGCUGUUCUCCGUGUUGCUCUCCUUGAGGCUGGAUGGCGUCAUUCAGUGGAGCUACUGGGCCGUGUUCACCCCAAUAUGGCUGUGGAAACUGUUGGUGAUCAUUGGGGCCUCAGUGGGCACUGGAGUGUGGGCACACAACCCUCAGUACAGGGCUGAAGGGGAGACAUGCGUGGAGUUCAAAGCCAUGCUGAUAGCGGUGGGGCUCCACGUCCUUCUGCUGAUGUUUGAGGUGUUGGUCUGCGACCGCGUGGAGAAGGGGAAAUACUUCUGGCUGCUCGUCUUUAUGCCUCUCUUCUUCGUGUCGCCCGUUUCUGUAGCAGCAUGCGUCUGGGGUUUCAGACACGACCGCUCCCUGGAGCUGGAGGUCCUUUGUUCUGUAAAUAUCCUGCAGUUUAUCUUCAUCGCCCUGAAGCUGGACAGAAUCAUCAACUGGCAGUGGCUGGUGGUGUGUGUCCCGCUAUGGAUCCUGAUGUCCUUCCUGUGCCUUGUUGUCCUCUACUACAUCAUCUGGUCAGUUCUCUUCCUCCGCUCCAUAGACAUCAUCGCAGAGCAACGCCGCACUCACAUCACCAUGGCAAUCAGCUGGAUGACCAUUGUGGUUCCUCUUCUCACCUUUGAGAUCCUUCUGGUGCACAAGCUGGACGGCCACAACAGUCUGAGCUACGUGUGUGUGUUUGUCCCCCUGUGGCUCUCCCUGCUCACACUCAUGGCCACCACCUUUGGGCAGAAAGGAGGGAACCACUGGUGGUUUGGUAUCCGUAAGGACUUCUGUCACUUCCUGUUGGAGCUGCUGCCCUUCCUCAGGGAGUACGGCAACGUGUCCUACGACCUCCAACGCAGCGAGGACCCAGAGGCGGUGGAGGAUCUGCCUGUCCCUGAGCCGCCACCUAAGAUCGCCCCCAUGUUCCACAAGAAAACCGGAGUGGUGAUCACACAGAGUCCUGGGAAGUACUUUGUCCCUCCACCAAAGCUCUGCAUCGAUAUGCCCGACUAACAGAGCGUCAGAGCUGGAGUGCAGCUGCUGGACUCAUGUUUUAAACCUAUUAAAGCCAAAACAGCAGAGGAAACUGUUUAUAGAUGUAUCUGCUGACCUGAAGGAUUCAGAGAAAUGAGCUAAACUGAGCUGCAGGAUGAUCUGUUCAGAGCCAGUGUAGCGGUGGAUCAAAAUCCAUCAGACUGGUUCCUUCAGCUGUU